GAGAUGGUCCGCGACAUCGAGUGGAAGGCCGCAUGCGACAAUUGUUUCUGCGCGAUGGGCGCCGUACGGUGCGUUCCGCUCGCGUGCGCGCCACCUCUUCAGGACUGCAGCCCGAUCGUGCGGGAGGGACAAUGCUGCCCGUCCACCUACAACUGCAGCGGUGGCAUCGAGGUGAAGGCCAUCCAAAACUACGCAUCCUACGCCUUCAUCAGCAAGGACUACGCCAAGUUCCGCAAGGAGCCCAACUUUGUCCCGACGAUCGAUCAAUCUACGUAUCCGUCCGUCGAAGGACGAGGCCACAGGGUGGUCGAGGAACAAGUUAGCACCGGCGCGAUCGAUCUCGAGGAGGAUUCGUCUGUCGCCACCUACUCGACCGCUUGGCCCUCAACCAUGGAGACCGACAUCAUGGACAAUGAAAUCUUGAUAGGGACGGUGGACUACAAAUCGACCUUGGAAGUGACGACUGCCGCGAUCUCGACGAACGAGUUAUCGAGUAACACCGAGUCGACCGCGUUCGAGCCGACGUUGGCGUCCAGCAAAGACGCUGAUUCCGUCACUGAUUCCUGCGCGACGUGCUCCGCGAACACGCUCACGGACUCGACAAUCGCGGCGACGACAACGGAGGUGGAGGAUCCAUCUAACACGGACGGCACGACGAUCUCGUCGCCGGAAUGGACGACGGUGCUCCCGGAAUUAACGCUCGAUAAUGGGAACGAUGAAAACGAGGAUACCGGCGGGAGCGGAGAUAAAAACGCGAGCGAAAAUGAGGACCGAAACGAACACGGUUCUACGGGGAUGACGGGAUUGAAGGCGGCCGAGAAAGCGGACAUAAUAGAGAAAAACAAAGCUACGACGCAUCCUUUCGCAAUUUCUACGGAUGCCGGGCAGGCGUUUGUCCCCGACGUGAAAUCGCCCGAGAACUCCACGCUCGCCAAGAGGACAGGGGCCAUCGGUAAGAGACCCGUCACCAGUCCAUCGUCGACGAUACUCAUGCCGGAGGACAUCCUGGUGAUGAACGUGACAGUGAAGACGAAUGUCUCGGUGGGUCAUAUACAAGGUGUCACAAUAAAUCCAAUUAAAUCCAUACUGCCCGACGUAGAAGCCAUUCUGAACAUCACUCAUCGCGAAAAGGGCGAGGAUUACGAUUACGACUACAGCGGACAGGCCUUGCUGCCGAACGUUAGGAUAAUACCCUUCGUGGCGGCGGACGCAUUGGUGAACGGCAAGGACGACGUAUCCUCGCCCGAGACUGGGUACUCCCCGGGCUCGGUGGUAGUGGCCUCAGAGCUACGACCGACCGAUGCUUCCGGUUUUUACGACAUUGCGACCCAGGAGAACCGAUUUAGCCCGCCCGUAGAGACCGAAGGUGGCUUUGUUCCCAGGGAGCCCUCGUAUUUCGACGUUCCCUAUCAUUCCACGGACCUGAAUCUCGAGAUCGGUACCGGAGUCACCGUGGUCCCGGCGCAGAUAACGAAUCCGCAUCGGAAAAACGACGACCUGUCCAGCAAGUGCCGCUUGGAAAAUAUGGAAUACCGUCACGGCGAGAUCUUGCCCAGCACCGCCCUCUGUAUAAUCUGCAUGUGUUACUACGGGGAGAUCGUGUGCUCGUCGGAGAAGUGCCCGCCAUUGAAAAUCGGUUGUCGGAGGAUCACUUCCGAGGGAAGGUGUUGCGGAGAGAUCGUUUGCGUGAAAGCGGACGAGUCGCCGACGGUGGUGCUGAACCGCGCCGGUGCCACUGCGCCUUCCCAGCGGCAGCCUACGGUUUCCCCCGACCCCUUUCGCGACGUCAUCAAGACCGAGCCGGCUCCCGACCUACCUUCCUUAAUCGAGGACAUGAUACGCGGUAUCACGACGUCCAGGCCGACGACGUCCGUGGCGGCUUCGAAGACUCAAGGCUUGGCAGGCAAUCACCCGUCGAACUUUGACUUCAUGGAGCAGGUGCCGCUUAUACGGCCACCCUUCGAUUACGGGGGAGGAACGGUCGACUCACCUUUCAUCUCGGGGAUCAAAUACGACGCGUCCUCGAAGGACACCGUCUCGUUAACAUACGAAUCGGAGGAUCGGUUCGUGAACCGCGAGAAAGUCUUCGGCACGUUCAAUCGCACGAACGACGACGACUCGCGGCACGGUCUCCGUCGAGGCGGCAACGAGCAGAAGCGAACGGAGAGCGAGGAUCGCGACGGGAAGCACAGCGAGUCGGAGAACGGCUCGUCGACCGUGAAGACCGUCAGGGACGAUGUCUUCUCUCUCGACAACGUCCUCGAGCUGCUGUUCUCCUCGAACACCACCGCGACCGAAAGGACGCCUGAUGUAUCCCCCGUCAGUGGCGCACGUCAGGAGGCUCCUCUCGCCGUCUCGUCAACGAGCGAGGAGGGGUUAACCGAGGAGACGGCGGCUGUCGAGACGUCUUCGAAGGUCCUCGACAACGAGAUACCGACGUACGUCGGAAGUUUGCUGAAGCUGGCGGGCUGUAAUAUAUACGGGCGCAUGUAUCGCGUUGGCAGAAUCAUCGCGGAGCUCUCGAAUCCCUGUCUGGAGUGCAGGUGCGCAGAAAUCGGCGUCCAGUGCAAGCCACUGAAGUGUUGA